AAGCAACAACUAAAAGCCCAGAUGCAGUGGCUAGCGAUCUUCUGAACCAAACACAGAAUUUGGCAUCUUUAAACUCAACUGAGGUCAGUCAGCUGGUCAACCAGUUAGAAAAUCUUAUCUCCGCACCCAAUAUUAGUCUGGAUCUAGGCCGAUCAGUGCUGUCCAUCAUCAACAACUUUCUAAACAGCUCUGCAGAUACUGUGGCUGCCUCCUCAAACCGAUUAAUCAAAGCUGUGGAUAAUUUGGGUAUGAAGCUUGUGAUUCGGGACCAGACUGAAAACAUCGUAUUUGAUUCACUCGCUUUGACUGUGACCAAAGUUGAUGGGACCAACUUUGGGAAAACAUCAUUCACAAUUGCAGAUCCCUUAAACCCACAGGUCACAAAAGGACUUCAAAGACAAGUCAGGGCAGUGGAAAGUUCCUCCCCCUUGGCCAAAAUAACACUACCUGCAUCUCUGACAGAGAACCUGUCUCCAGAAGAAAAGAAGAUAGCCUCUAGAGUCCAGUUCACCUUCUUUCAGAAAAGCACAUUUUUUCGGGAUAAAACCCUGAGUCCAGAGAAGCUGAACAGCCACAUACUAGGCUCUAGUGUGGCUAACCUGUCAAUCAAAAACCUGAGGGAGAAUGUUACAUUUACUCUGAGGAAUAAACAGCCCGUUGCGGGGAACUAUUUAGCUUCCUGUGUUUUCUGGGACUUUGACCAAAACGGAGGUUUAGGAGGCUGGAAUGGCAACGGCUGCUCUGUCAAAAACAGCAGCACCGAGAACGAAACUGUCUGCAGCUGCAAUCACCUGACAAGCUUUGCUGUACUACUG